AUGGUGCGCGUGUUCCUAGCUCUCGGCGGCUCGCUGGCCGUGGCGGCGCAGGUGGCCGUCACCAUGGCCACCAGCAUCUCCUUCGUGAACGACUGCACCUACGACAUCAGUCUCUACGACAACAAUGCGACCGAGACCCUCGCUGUGGGCGGCUCCACGUCGCGCGAGCUGGCCGACGGCUUCAGCGGCAUGUUCCGCAACGGCACCAGCAACGAGGCCACACUGGCCCAGUUCGCCAUCAGCGGCGGCAAGGCCUGGUACGCCAUCAGCACCGUGCCGCCUGGAGCCGGCAACUGCACGAGCUACGCGGAGUGCGCCGCGACGUCGGGGGGCAAGACCGGCUUCAACGUGCCCCUGUCAAUCACCCCCAACGUUGGCAGCACCAGCGUGAACGCCGAGUGCGCCGCCGUGACCUGCGAGAGCGCCGACUGCGAUGGCGCCUACCUGUACCCGACGGACGUCUCCAAGCUGCGCAACUGCCCCGACAGUCUGCCCAUCGAAGUGGCCUUCUGCCCGGAUGGAUCCUCCAAUUCGACCACGAUCACGACGUCGACUACAACAUCAACUACCACCCCAGUUGCCUCGGACGCCGACUACUCUGCCGGUGUUGUCGGAACGGACUCGACCUCCUCGACGACCGGCACGGCGAGUACCAGUUCGACCACGUCAAGUGCAACGACGACUUCCUCUAGCACCACGCAGACCACUUCGAGCGGCUCUACGGGAGACUUCUCGAGCGCCACCAUUAGCUCCAGCUUCGCGUACACCGGCACCAACGCCGGCUCGGCCACCGGCACGUACGGCAAGGUGACGGCCAUGUCGUCCUGCACGACGGAGGAUGUUUCCGUGACGGACCCCGUCGGCCCCAUGAGUGAGGAAGUGAGCAUGGUCUUCCGCGGCCCCAUGAACAUCUACAACAUCGCCGUGUUCACCGGCUCGUCCGGCAACAACUGGAGCAAGAUGUCGUCGUACGACGCAAGUGCCGGCACCCAGGACAACAUGGUCUUCAUGAACAACCUCAACAUCGACUACACCGGCGCUAACUCGAGCCCGCAGGGCUACUCGACGGCUGAUGGCAGUGGCACCGCCACAGAAUCGACCAUUUUCGGUGGCACUCUGGCGGAUGCUUCCGACACGUCGGUGACCGGCGGCGGCCCGUGCGUGUCCACGGGUUGCGAAGUCAACAUCAUGACGUCGACUAACUGCGCCGACGAGGACGGUUGCCUUGGUUACUACGAUGACAUGGGCUUCCACGGCUGGGACGGUGGUAUGAAAAUGUUUGUGACUAAGGUGCUGAUGCCUACGGGCUCGACGGCGAACCUGCCGGCGAUCUGGAUGCUGAACGCCCAGGUUGUGCGCGCCAGUCAGUACGGCUGCAACUGCCGUGGCUCGGGCUCCGUCGGUGGAUGUGGUGAGCUUGAUGUCGCCGAGGUCAUUGAAACCAACACGGCCCAGGACAAGGUGUCGACCCACUACUACUUCUACGACGGUUGUGUCUCCCCCGGUGGCGACAACUACGCCGCGCGUCCCUCCGACUCGGCCGUGACGUACGUGACCAUCUACGACAACUCGGGUGAGGGCGUCGUGAAGAUCAUUGAGAUCGGCGGCGACGACUUCGACUUUUCCGUGGACUCGGUCUCGGCCGACACUGUGUCGACGUGGCUCUCCGCCUCGGUGGAGAACCUCAUCAGCUAA